GUAUGUGGGCUGCUGCUGCUGCUGCUAGUUUUCGGCUGGCCAUCAUCGGCGGCUCCGGUCGUAAUCUGCAGCCCCGCUUUUCCAUGGCCUGCACGAUGAUGGGCAUGCGGAAGCUCAUCUUGAUAUGGCUCUGUGGCACUGGGGAUGCGUUAACCGACGCGUACUUCCUGUAUGAGAAGAUUGCUGCGCAUGAGGACACCCGGCCCGUCAUGCUUGCUCUCUGCAUCUGCUGCGCCUUUUUGCUCGCGUGCUUGCAUGGCGCCAAAGCAAUCGACAUUUCGGUGAUGAUGGCAGAUGACUGGUCGCGGAAGAACCUUGAAGAAGCUUCGGUAAGCACCGCAACCAGCCCGGCAUUGCUCACGAUAGCCAUUUUUCGGCCAUCUGUCCUUCGUGAUUACGUGGAUUUCAUCGAGACACCUCACCCAGGGAAUAGCAGGAUGCUUGCGGAUUUGAUCUUUGAGGACAUACCCCUGCUUUCCCUCAACAUUUUCGACAUCAGCCAGUCUGGCUCCUCGGCAAGCAUGUUGAACUGGGCCGCUCUGGGUACGUCAAUCGCCAACAUCUUGGUGUGUUGUCUGCUGAUUCGGAGCAAUGACACCGAAUCGAGCUCCAAGACGGUGAGCUCGAAAACUGCGGAUGGUGUUCCAGCAGCGAACUCGGCGCUGGGAGCCGUCGAAGCCUAG